AUGUUGAGAGGUGGGCGUGGUGGUCGCCACAGUCCAGAACUGUAUCCCCACACUUUGAAGUGCUCUAACGCAAGUGACACAAGCUCAGCAUAUAGUGGCAGUGACACAAUGACCUCUGUGCAUAGCUCAUUAGACAUGGAUAUGGAAGUUGAUCUUUCAGGUCUUCUAGAAUCUAUAGUGGAUUCAGAUGAAGAAGAAGAUUUAGAAGAGAGUAUGGACAGUCUGACUGUAAGAGAUCCUGUUCGGGAAUGCCUUGAAAAAGAUCCAAGUGAAAGAACUGAAGAAGAUAUUGAAAUUUUGCUGGAAUUCACUCAGCAUUUGAAAGCAUUUACUAAUAUGACUCUUACUGUACGUAGAGCCCUAUGUGCUGUUAUGGUAUUUGCUGUUGUGGAAAAAGCUGAAACUAUUGUAAUGCAAGAUGGAGAAGAACAUGAUUCUUGGUCAGUUUUGAUAAAUGGACAUGUUGGAAUUGAGCACCAAAAUGGAGAGGUUGAAUAUCUCAAUGUUGGAGAUAGUUUUGGAAUGGCUGAAGCCACUCUUGAAAGAUUAUACCACCGUGGUGUAAUGACUACAAGAUGUAAUGACUGUCAAUUUGUCUGUGUUACUCAAACAGAUUAUUAUAGGAUCUUACAUCAGGGUGAAGAAAACAUUAAACGUCAUGAAAAUGAGAAUGGAGUUGUGGUCUUGGUCACAGAAUACCGAGGUACAGCAGGUGAAUCAGGUCAUCCAGAUGGUCAUGUCGUCAUAAGGGGCACCCCUGAGCAACUGAUGUUACAGCUAAUUGAAGAUAAUUCACGUGACUCUACAUAUGUUGAAGAUUUUCUCUUGACCCAUAGAACUUUUAUUGAAAGUCAUUUGGUAGUAGCCAAACAGUUACUGGCCUGGUUUUCAGAACCUUCAGUACGUGAUAAGGUUACUAGAGUUGUAUUAUAUUGGGUAAACAACCAUUUUACUGACUUUGAAACGGAUCCCAAUAUGAUGGAAUUCUUAGAAAACUUUGAAGUGGCAUUGGAACAUGAAAAAAUGGAGAGUCAGUUAAGACUAUUAAACAUAGCAUGUUCAGCUAAAGCAAGGACAAGAAGUGUCACAUUAUCACGACCAACAAGAGAUGAACCACUAAAUUUUACUAUCCUUGGUGGUUAUGAAAGAGGUUAUGGUAUUUUUGUUUUAAAGGUAGAAAGGCACUCAAAAGCUGAGGAAGUAGGCUUGAAAAGAGGUGAUCAAAUUUUAGAAGUCAAUGGUCAAUCCUUUCAACAUGUUAGUCAUGCCAAAGCCAUGGAAAUUAUCACUGGAUCAACACAUCUGAGUAUAACUGUCAAAAGCAAUUUCUUAGCCUUUAAACAAAUGUUACUUAUGCCAGAGAAUUCUCCCCGCCAGAGAGGUGGUACCAAUAUGGUGAGAUGGCAAACAGAUCCUAGAGCAAGACUUUCAACUGCAGAACUAUUAAGUGAUGAUCCCAUUACUUUGACUCCAAUCUUUCAGUCCCCUACAAAGAAACUUCAGCCACAAAUAAACAUUAAAAAAGAACCACAGAAAGGCUUUAUGACAUUAGGCCCAAAACGACUUCAUAAGGCUUUAAUGAAAAUGAAUAUACUUCCUAAAAAUACAAUUAAUGAUGGUAUUCAUAAUGAUGACAGUAUAUUGUCAAAUACAGAUCCUUUGAAUAAAGGCAACACAAGUACUAAUUUCUACAGCUCACACAGUAACCCUGAUCUCAUAUCAAUAUGUUAUGAUGAUUAUCAAUCCUCUGAUUAUCCUGAACAUGUACUAAAAGUAUAUAGAGCAGAUCAGACCUGUAAAUAUUUACCAGCUCACAAAGAGACUACUGCCAGAGAAGUUGUAAUGCUGGCAUUACGGGAAUUUGGGAUAACUGAACCUAGCUCAAAUUUCUCUCUGUGUGAAGUCUCUGUUGCCCAAGGAGGAAUUAUAAAACAACAUCGCCUUCCAGAUCAGCUACAGAACCUUGCCGAAAGAAUAGGUCUCAGCUCUCGAUAUUAUUUGAAAACUAAUGGUAUUAGUGAAACUUUAGUACCUGAUGAAAUGGCACCAGAAUUGCUCAGAGAGAGUGUGGUGCAUUUUCUACAACUAAAUGCCGUCGAAGUGGCAGUGCAAUUAACAUUACAAGAUUUCUACAUUUUUAGACAAAUUGAAAGUACUGAAUAUGUUGAUGAUUUGUUUGAGCUAAAAAGUAGGUAUGGCACACCAAUGUUGUCUCAGUUUGCUGGGCUAGUAAAUAAAGAAAUGUUUUGGGUUGUCACUGAAGUUGUAAAUGAACAAAAUCUUGUAAGACGAUCUAGAAUUAUAAAACAGUUUAUAAAAGUUGCAAGACACUGUAAGGAGUGUAAGAACUACAAUUCAAUGUUUGCAAUUAUCUCUGGAUUAGGCCACGGUGCAGUGUCAAGGCUGAGAAUAACAUGGGACAAGCUGCCUACUAAAUAUAUAAAACUUUUUUCUGACUUGCAAUCAUUUAUGGAUCCCUCAAGAAAUAUGUCAAAGUACAGGCAAUUAAUCACAGCUGAACAAGGAAGAUCACCAGUUAUCCCAUUCUAUCCAGUUGUUAGAAAAGAUCUUACAUUUAUACACCUUGGAAAUGAUACCAAAGUUGAGGGCAUGGUUAACUUUGAAAAAUUGCGAAUGAUAGCUAAAGAAGUGAAAACACUAACAAACAUGUGCAGUGCUCCAUAUGACUUAUUAACAUUAUUAGAGUCAGGAAAACAGCCACCUUCAAAUGCUAUGGUUGCUUUAAAUCAGCUAACAUCUGGUGUUCAGCAAGGCCAGGUAACUGUGAAAAGGAGAAAGAAAUCAUCAAAUGUUCCAAAUCCAAAGAAAAUGUUUGAGGAAGCCCAAAUGGUACGGCGCGUUAAAGCAUAUUUGAAUCGUAUGCAUGUGGAAACAGAUGAAGAAAGGCUUCAUGCUUUGUCAUUAGAAUGUGAAGGUUCUGGUCCCGCGCCGUCUUUGCCGAGACGUAGACAUCCAUCACCCUCUUUGUCCACAACCAGUAGUGCAUCAUCAGCCAGUGAGAGUAAAAAAGGUUUUGCAGGAAAUAAAUUUGGGGCGGCGUCGCCACAAGCCGUGAGAAAGUUGUUGGCAUUAUCUGAGCCUGCCAAAACCCGCCCACACCAACCCCGACCACCACCUCCUCCGGGACCAUCACCGUGCUCGCAUCGACGAGAUGGAACUGUGCCAGGAAUUUGUUGCUCUCGAGCUGCGCACGAAAGAUCACACUCUGACACACCUACACCACUACCAGUAGAUCUAUCAGCAGAGAGCAGCAGUGUCACAUCUUUAGUAAACUUGCCAUUGAGAAAGACAGGAUCAGCCACAUCUAGUGACAGUGGGCAUGGUUCUUGUACUACAGCUAGUUGUGUUCGGCCCGUACCACCUCCGAGAAUGCCUUACACUCUAGCUGCUCAAGUAGCGCGGCUUGAACGUCUAAGCCGUGCUCACUCACAUGAAGGCGUGACGCGCCCUUAUGAUUAUUACCACGAUACACCAGAUGACGAAGAUGAAGAUCAGCAAGUAUCAGCUGUUUAA